CUUCGUGUUGUUUCUUGUCCUGCUCUGAUGUCGCAGCAGAAGCUUCAGCUGGACUGUUGGUGACGCAGAGCUCUUUGACUUCAGCAGACAGCAACACUGACACAAGUGAAUUCUUCUCUGAUGUUUCCAGCAGAGUGACAUCAUGGCGACUGCAUCACCUGUGUCGGAUGAUCUGCAACCUGGGAAGCGGAGCAGCAGCUCCGAAUGGCUGCCACCUGACAAUGAUGAUGAUGAUUUAAAUAAACCGAAGCGCAGAAGCAGCCCUGACUUCAACCGACCUGACAUGUCAGAUGAUCUGCCACCUCUGAAGCGGAGCAGCAGCUUCGAAUGGCUGUCACCUAACAUGUCUGAGCUGAGGGUUGUUCUGCUGGGGAACAGCUGGUCUGAGAGGAGUUCAGUGGGGAACUUCAUACUGGGAGAGAAUAAGUUCAACACUGAGCAAGAACCAGACUGCUGUCUGAGAGUCAGAGGACAGCUGAAGGAGAAAGAAAUAGCUGUCAUCAACACUCCAGAUCUGCUGCUUCCUGACAUCUCUGAAAACAAACUGACAGAGUUUCUUAAAGACUGUGCGAGUCUCUCUGAUCCUGGACCUCAUGUGUUCCUGCUGGUUCUACAACCUGAAGACUUCAUUGAGGAACAAAAAGUGAAGCUCUGCAGAGUCCUCGAAAAGUUCAGUGAUCGAUCGUUUAAUCAUUUACUGGUUCUGAUAUCAACACCCAGACAGGAGAGUCCAGGUUUAAUGGAAAAAUACAUGGAACGUCCUCCAUUAAAAGACAUGAUCAGAAAAUGUCGAUACAGAUACUUGAAGCGGAAGAACCUCGAACUUCCAGAGCUGUUAACACGUUUGGGUCAAACUGCAAAGGAGAACAGCGGAGAUCAUGUGAGCUAUGAAGCAUUUGAGGACACAACGUCUACUUUACCAGGUGAUCACCAAAUCCCAAAACAAAAGGAAACACACACUUCUCUCGCAGAUGUUAAAGCUACUGGGCUGAAUUUAGUUAAAAAAGUCAGCGAACUCAACCUCUCAGUGAAAAUCCCUGUGACUCACGCACCUGGAUUCAGGAUUGUGCAGCUGGGAAAAAGUGAAGACAAACAGACAAGACUUGGUAACUUCAUCAUCGGGGACAAAGGUUUUAAAUUCCCAAGAUUUUCCCCAACCAGGCAAUGUGUGGCCACCUACGGAGAGUGGAGAGGAAGCCCAGUAACAGUAGUGAAAACUCCAGACAUGUUCAGCCUGUCUGAGGAGACCAUGAGAAGAGAGAUGGAGAACUGUGUGGCUCUUUGUCAUCCUGGACCAAAUGUCCUGCUGCUGUUAGUGAAGCCUUCUGAUUUCACAGAGAAGAACAGACAAACACUGAAGUCCAUCCUGAGUUUGUUUGGUCAAGAUGCUUUUAAACACUCGAUGGUCAUCGUGACACGUGAUAGGGGUGAAAUGAGCGUCGCUGUUAAUGAUCUCCUUAAAGACUGUGGAGGAAGAUACUACAGCUCGUUUGAAGAGAACCACAGAGUGUUAAUGGAGAGGAUUGAAAACAUUGUGCAUGAAAACAAAGGAACCUUCCUCACCUUCACUGAAGAGAUCAUCAGACCAAAGUCUGGACACAUGAAACCAGCUGUAAACCUGGUUCUGUGUGGGAGGAGAGGAGCAGGAAAGUCUUCAGCAGCCAAGGUCAUUUUAGGUCAGACAGAGCUUCAUCCAGUCUCCAGCUCAUCAGAGUGUGUUAAACAUCAGGGAGAGGUGUGUGGACGUCGGGUUUCUCUAGUGGAGCUUCCUGCCUUGUAUGGAAAACCUCAGGAGGCAGUGAUGGAGGAAUCAUUCAGGUGUAUCUCCCUCUGUGAUCCUGAGGGCGUCCAUGCCUUCAUCCUGGUCCUACCUGUGGAUCCCCUCACUGUUGAAGACAAGGGAGAGUUAAAGACCAUCCAGAACACAUUCAGCUCUCCAGUCAAUGACUUCACCAUGAUUCUGUUCACUGUGGAGUCAGAUCCUACAGCUCCAGAUGUUGUUAACUUCCUGAAGGAAAACAAGGAGAUCCAGGAGCUCUGUCAGAGCUGUGGAGGAAGAUAUGUUGUUCUCAACAUCAAGGACCAGCAGCAGAUCACAGAGCUGUUGAAAGAUGUGGAAAACAAUAGUCAAUCUAAAAAUAAACCAUACUGCUAUACAACGGAAACAUUUGCUCGUGCACAAAUGGAAAAGGUCUUACAACAAGAGAAACACAUCAACAUCCAACAAGGUGAACUUGAGAGGCUGAAAAAGAAGAAUGAGAUUACGUGUGAUGAUGAGAAACAGAGCCCAGAGUGUCUCAGGAUUGUGCUGAUAGGGAAGACUGGCUGUGGAAAGAGCUCUACAGGAAACACCAUUCUAGGAAGAAAGGCAUUUGUAGCCGAAUCAAGCCAAACAUCAGUCACCAAACUUUGUCAGAAAGAACAGACUGAAGUGAACGGUCGUCCUGUUGUUGUGGUCGACACUCCUGGUCUGUUUGACACAACUUUGUCCCAUGAAGAGGUUCAAGAGGAGAUGUUAAAGUGCAUCAGUCUUCUGGCUCCAGGACCACAUGUCUUCCUGUUGGUGUUAAACAUUGGCAGACUCACACCAGAGGAGAAGGAGACAUUAAAACUCGUCAAGGAAGGCUUUGGGACGAAUUCAGAAAAGUUCACCAUCAUUCUUUUCACAAGAGGAGAUACACUGGAGCAUGAGGAGCAGUCGAUUGAUGAGUACAUUGAAAAGAAAUGUAAUGAUUCCUUUAAGAAGCUGGUUGCUGACUGUGGAGGAAGAUACCAUGUGUUCAAUAACCGUGAUAAAGAAAACCGCACACAAGUCAGUGAACUGAUAACCAAGAUUGACAACAUGGUGAAGACAAAUGGAGGCAGCUGCUACACCAAUGAGAUGCUGCAAGAGGCCGAGGCAGCUAUAAAGAAGGAAGUGGAGAAGAUCCUGAAGGAGAAGGAAGAAGAGAUGGAGAGAGAGAGGGAGGAACUUGGAAGAAAACACGAGGAAGAAAUGCAAGAAAUGAAAAGAAGAAUAGAAGAACAGAGAGCAGAAACUGAAAAGGAGAGAAAACAGAGAGAAAAACAACUUGAAGAAAAGGAGGAAAACAUAAAGAAGGAACGUGAGAAGACAAAGAGAGAACAGGAAAUGAGAGAAAAAGAGGACAGGAAGAGAAAACAACAAGAAGAAAAUCAACAACAGAAGUGGGAACAAAAACUUGAAAGUUUGGAGCAAAAAAUAAGAUCGGAGUCAGAAUCAAAGGAAACCAUUGACAGAAAGUUGGAGGAGAGCAGAGAACAGAUGAGAAAAGAACGAGAGAACCUGGAGAAAACACAAAAAGAAAUGUGGCACAAACGACAUCAAGAAGAUGAACAGAGACGACAAGAGGAGCAAACAAGAUUAAGAAAGCUCGAAGAAGAAUUCAAACAUGAAAGAGAAAUAUAUGAAAAGAAAAGAAAGGAAGAGGACCGAAUCAGAAGGGAACAAGAGGAAAAAGCGAAAAAAGACAUCGAGGAAAAUCAUAAGAAAAAAAUUGAGAAUCUGAAGAAGGAGUAUGAAGAUGACGCCAGAGAGAAGGCUGAAGAGUUCAAUGAUUUUAAAGAGAAACACAAAAAUGAUUUCACAGCUCAGAAGCAAGAGCAUGAGAAACAAAUGAAAGUCACAGGUGACAUGGCAUAUAACAUCUUAGAGGCACUUGCAGAAAGCAAUGUUGAAGAGAUAGAGAGAAAACAGAGAGAAAUAUCUGACCUUGUGAAGUGUGUGACCAAAAACAGCACAAAUCUUGAUCAAAUCAAUGAGUUGCUGAAAACACACAAAGAGGAAAUGGAGAAGGUAGAAAAGGAGGAGGAAAAGAGAAUCCUGCUGAACAAACAUGAAAAUCAAUUAUGUAAGUUGAUUCAGAAACUUCUGAAUGAAGUUGACGAACCCAGUAAGUGUUCCAUCUUGUCGGAUGAUCUGCAACCUGGGAAGCGGAGCAGCAGCUCCGAAUGGCUGCCACCUGACAGUGAUGAUGAGAAGCAGAGCCCAGAGUGUCUCAGGAUUGUGCUGAUAGGGAAGACUGGCUGUGGAAAGAGCUCUUCAGGAAACACCAUUCUAGGAAGAAAGGCGUUUGAAGCCAAAUCAAGCCAAACGUCAGUCACCAAACUUUGUCAGAAAGAACAGACUGAAGUGAACGGUCGUCCUGUUGUUGUGGUCGACACUCUCGGUCUGUUUGACACAACUUUGUCCCAUGAAGAGGUUCAAGAGGAGAUGUUAAAGUGCAUCAGUCUUCUGGCUCCAGGACCACAUGUCUUCCUGCUGGUGUUACAAAUUGGCAGACUCACACCAGAGGAGAAGAAGACAUUAAAAUUCAUCAAGAAAGGCUUUGGGGCAAAUUCAGAAAAGUUCACCAUCAUUCUUUUCACACAUGGAGAUAACCUGGAGGAUGAGGAGCAGUCGAUUGAUGAGUACAUUAAAAAGAAAUGUGAUGAUUCCUUUAAGAGGCUGGUUGCUGACUGUGGAGGAAGAUACCAUGUGUUCAAUAACUAUGAUAAACAAAACUGCACACAAGUCAGUGAACUGAUAACCAAGAUUGACAACAUGGUGAAGACAAAUGGAGGCAGCUGCUUCACCAAUGAGAUGCUGCAAGAGGCCGAGGCAGCUAUAAAGAAGGAAGUGGAGAGGAUCCUGAAGGAGAAGGAAGAAGAGAUGGAGAGAGAGAGGGAGGAACUUGGAAGAAAACACGAGGAAGAAAUGCAAGAAAUGAAAAGAAGAAUAGAAGAACAGAGAGCAGAAACUGAAAAGGAGAGAAAACUGAGAGAAAAACAACUUGAAGAAAAGGAGGAAAACAUAAAGAAGGAACAUGAGAAGAGAAAGAAAGAACAGGAAAUGAGAGAAGAAGAGGACAGGAAGAGAAAACAACAAGAAGAAAUUCAACGACAGAAGUGGGAACAAAAACUUGAAAGUUUGGAGCAAAAAAUAAGAUCGGAGUCAGAAUCAAAGGAAACCAGUGACAGAAAGCUGAAUGAGACCAGAGAAGAGAUGAGACAAGAACGAGAGAACUGGGGGAAAACACGAAAAGAAUUGUGGGACAAACGACAUCAAGAAGAUGAACAGAGACGACAAGAGGAGCAAACAAGAUUAAGAAAGCUUCAAGAAGAAUACAAACAGGAAAGAGAAACAUAUGAAAAGAAAAGAAAGGAAGAGGACCGAAUCAGAAGGGAAAAAGAAAAAAAAGAGAAAAAAGACAUCGAGGAGGAUCAUAAGAAAGAAAUUGAGAAUCUGAAGAAGGAGUAUGAAGAUGACGCCAGAGAGAAGGCUGAAGAGUUCAAUGAAUUUAAAGAGAAACACAAAAAUGAUUUCACAGCUCAGAUGCAAAAGACAAAGGAAAAACAGAGAGAAAUAUAUGACCUUGUGAAGUGUGUGACCAAAGACAGAACAAAUAUUAAUAAAAUCAAUGAGUUGCUGAAAACACACAAAGAAGAAAUGGAGAAGGUAGAAAAGGAGGAGGAAAAGGAAACCCUGCUGAACAAACAUGAAGAUCAAUUAAGUGAGUUGACGCAGAAACUUCUGAAUAAAGUUGACGAACCAGGUUGGUGUUCCAUCUUAUUGUCAGAUUAUCUGCAACCUGGGAAGCGGAGCAGCAGCUACGAAAGGUUGCAACCUCACACAUGUCAACUCAGGAUUGUGAUGUUUGGAAAAAAGGACAAAAAGACAAUGCUGUGCAACUUCAUCGCUCAGAGAAAAAUAACCAAGCAAUGUGAGGUUGCCGAUGGACAGUGGAGAGGAAAUCCUCUAACAUUGGUGAAAACUCAGAACAUCUUCAGUCUGUCUGUGGAAGCAGUCACAGAAGAGAUAAAGAAGUGCAUCAGUCUUUGUCGUCCUGGACCAAAUGUCCUCCUGCUGUUAGUGAAGCCUUCUGAGUUCACAGAGAAGAACAAACAAACACUGAAGUUCAUUCUGAGCUUGUUUGGUCAAGAUGCGUUUAAACACUCAAUGGUCAUCAGUACACAUGAGGGGAGUGAAAUGAGUGUCACUGUUCGUCAGCUCCUUAAAGACUGUGGAGGAAGACACUACAGCGUGGUCGAAAUGAACCACACACUGUUAAUGGAGAAGAUUGAAAACAUUGUGCGUGAAAACAAAGAAACCUUCCUCACCUUCACUGAAGAGAUCAUCAGACCAAAGUCUGGACACAUGAAACCAGCUGUAAACCUGGUUCUGUGUGGGAGGAGAGGAGCAGGGAAGACUUCAGCAGCCAAGGCCAUUUUAGGUCAGACAGAGCUUCAUCCAGUCUCCAGCUCAUCAGAGUGUGUUAAACAUCAGGGAGAGGUGUGGGGACGUCGGGUUUCUCUGGUGGAGCUUCCUGCCUUGUAUGGAAACCCUCAGGAGGCAGUGAUGGAGGAAUCAUUCAGGUGUAUCUCCCUCUGUGAUCCUGAGGGCGUCCAUGCCUUCAUCCUGGUCCUACCUGUGGGUCCCCUCACUGAUGAAGACAAGGGAGAGUUAAAGACCAUCCAGAACACAUUCAGCUCUCCAGUCAAUGACUUCACCAUGAUUCUGUUCACUGUGGAGUCAGAUCCUACAGCUCAAGAUGUUAACUUCCUGAAGGAAAGCAAGGAGAUCCAGGAGCUCUGUCAGAGUUGUGGAGGAAGAUAUGUUGUUCUCAACAUCAAGGACCAGCAGCAGAUCCCAGAGCUGUUGGAAGAUGUGGAAAACAAUAGUCAAUCUAAAAAUGAACCAUACUGCUAUACAACGGAAACAUUUGCUCGUGCACAAAUGGAAAAGGUCUUACAACAAGAGAAACACAUCAACAUGCAACAAGGUGAACUUGAGAGGCUGAAAAAGAAGAAUGAGAUAACGUGUGAUGAUGAGAAGCAGAGCCCAGAGUGUCUCAGGAUUGUGCUGAUAGGGAAGACUGGCUGUGGAAAGAGCUCUUCAGGAAACACCAUUCUAGGAAGAAAGGCGUUUGAAGCCAAAUCAAGCCAAACGUCAGUCACCAAACUUUGUCAGAAAGAACAGACUGAAGUGAACGGUCGUCCUGUUGUUGUGGUCGACACUCUCGGUCUGUUUGACACAACUUUGUCCCAUGAAGAGGUUCAUGAGGAGAUGUUAAAGUGCAUCAGUCUUCUGGCUCCAGGACCACAUGUCUUCCUGCUGGUGUUAAACAUUGGCAGACUCACACAAGAGGAGAAGGAGACAUUAAAACUCAUCAAGAAAGGCUUUGGGACAAAUUCAGAAAAGUUCACCAUCAUUCUUUUCACACAUGGAGAUAACCUGGAGGAUGAGGAGCGGUCGAUUGAUGAAUACAUUGAAAAGGAAUGUGAUGAUUCCUUUAAGAGGCUGGUUGUUGACUGUGGAGGAAGAUACCAUGUGUUCAAUAACCGUGAUAAAGAAAACUGCACACAAGUCAGUGAUCUGAUAACCAAGAUUGACAACAUGGUGAAGAAGAAUGGAGGCAGCUGCUACACCAAUGAGAUGCUGCAAGAGGCCGAGGCAGCUAUAAAGAAGGAAGUGGAGAGGAUCCUGAAGGAGAAGGAAGAAGAGAUGGAGAGAGAGAGGGAGGAACUUGGAAGAAAACACGAGGAAGAAAUGCAAGCAAUGAAAAGAAGAAUAGAAGAACAGAGAGCAGAAACUGAAAAGGAGAGAAAACAGAGAGAAAAACAACUUGAAGAAAAGGAAGAAAACAUAAAGAAGGAACAUGAGAAGACAAAGAGAGAACAGGAAAUGAGAGAAGAAGAGGACAAGAAGAGAAAACAACAAGAAGAAAAUCAACAACAGGAGUGGGAACAAAAACUUGAAAGUUUGGAGCAAAAAAUAAGAUCGGAGUCAGAAUCAAAGGAAAUCAUUGACAGAAAACUGAAGGAGACCAGAGAAGAGAUGAGAAAAGAACGAGAGAACUGGGAGAAAACACAAAAAGAAAUGUGGCACAAACGAUAUCAAGAAGAUGAACAGAGACGACAAGAGGAGCAAACAAGAUUAAGAAAACUUCAACAAGAAUACAAACAGGAAAGAGAAACAUAUGAAAAGGAAAGAAAUGAAGAGGACCGAAUCAGAAGGAAACAGGAGAAAAAAGAGAAAAAAGACAUCGAGGAGGAUCAUAAGAAAAAAAUUGAGAAUCUGAAGAAGGAGUAUGAAGAUGACGCCAGAGAGAAGGCUGAAGAGUUCAAUGAAUUUAAAGAGAAACACAAAAAUGAUUUCACAGCUCAGAAGCAAGAGCAUGAGAAACAAAUGAAAGACACAGGUGACAUGGCAUAUAACAUCUUAGAGGCACUUGCAGAAAGCAAUGUUGAAGAGAUAGAGAGAAAACAGAGAGAAAUAUCUGACCUUGUGAAGUGUGUGACCAAAAACAGCACAAAUCUUGAUCAAAUCAAUGAGUUGCUGAAAACACACAAAGAGGAAAUGGAGAAGGUAGAAAAGGAGGAGGAAAAGAGAAUCCUGCUGAACAAACAUGAAAAUCAAUUAUGUAAGUUGAUGCAGAAACUUCUGAAUGAAGUUGACGAACCCAGUAAGUGUUCCAUCUCAUGAGGCAUUUAAUGAUUUAGCCAUGCCAGCGGUUUGUAUUUACAGAUGGCGAUGUCAUCAGUCUGUCCACCACUUUGAUCCAGACUGAAAUAGCUCAACUAUUGGAUGGAUUGCCAUGAAAUACAGACAUUCAUGGUUCCCAGAGGAUGUUUUGAGAGAGAGAGAGAGAGAGAGAGAGAGAGAGAGAGAGAGAGAGAGAGAGAGAGAGAGGGAGAGAGAGGAUGUAUGUUUUGAGACAAAAGAAAAUCCAAUAAUAUUAGUUAGCAACCUCACUGCUAGAUGCCGCCAGAUGUUACACACUGUCCCUUUAAAGAAAGACUUCAACAGCUGUAAAUUCUGCUUGGUCUUUAGAGACGAUCUUUGUUUUCUUUUGAAAAUGAGAAAGAACAUGAUGUUGGUAAUGUAAGUGGAAUGAAAUGUUAAGAUGUCAUUCAACCUGUUUCUGUGCAACACCCAACUCACAAAUAUCACAGCAAAUAUUAAAUAUUAAGCAAACAUGAAUAUCAUAUAUAUGUUUUUGUUACAUGUCAAAUAAGAAUGGAUGCUUUAUAGCUUGAUAAGGCCUACAUCAAUUUAAGUCAUAAUUCAGAUGAAUCUUUUAAUUGUUCUUUCUUUGCUUACCAUUAUAAAAAAAUAAUAAUAAAGUGUUUUCCCUUUAAUUCAGUGUGGACUGAAUCUGAAACUUCUUUACUCACCUCUAUGUAUUUCUGUAUGUCCUUGAUCUCAGGAUACUACUGUUACUGAGGAUACUGUCAAAGUAUUCAGAGUAUAGCUAGUAUACUUGGAAUACUUGGCCAAUGUUCAAAAUAUCCAGGAAUGCUUCACAUGGACAAAUACAACAGUCUUAACAACCGCAACACAUUAUUCUGUACAGUUUAAAUAUGUUUGUCCACCUCCUGUAUAAUCACAUUGAUCAUCUUUCAGUUGAUGGUUCCUGUUAUAAUGUUUGUAUUGUUUUGUCCAGCAGAUGGAGCUCUAACAUCAAGUGUCAUAUCUGUUGGAGGUUUGAAAUAUUGUAGUAAUCUUUAUUUUGCUCACCACA